AUGGUCAACAAGCGUCUAACCGAAUAUUCAACUAUUGGUCUUGAAACCCUGGGAAACUUGUCCUCGGCUGUCAGACUUGUCUGUUCGCUGGAGGGCCUGGCGGAGAGCUCGCCAGCCACUUUCGAUAAAUUAUGUUCCAUCCACCCAAAAAUUCUGGUGGACAGGCGGGUCUUUCCUGCAUUGACACCAACGCCUGGUUGCGUUUCUCCCGCCGAGGUGCUGAGGGCCGUUAAAUCGUUCAAAAACGGUUCUUCUGGAGGCCUGGAUGGCCUACGACCCCAGCACCUUAAGGAUGUUUUUUCAGGCCCCUUGCCAAUCGACGACACAUUGAACUCCUUAACCCAAUUCAUUAAUUUGAUCCUAUCUGGAGCUUGCCCACUCUCCGUCCGCCGGCGCCCGGACGGAUGCACACUAAUACCUUGGAGAGCCGGCAGAUGUUUGGCGUGGGAUGUUACGGUCCCUGGCACCCUCGCCGAACAAUAUGUAAACCUGACAAUUAAUUUUUACAACGUCAAAGUUAAUCUUGACAAAGUCAAUAUUUCCCUAUAUAUACAACAAGGAGCACUGACGAUGAUUCAUUCUGAAUCGAAAUAUGGCCUUAUUUGCAGCAUGAAUUCGAAAAAAUAA